UUGCUUGUUCGCUCGCUGAUUCUACACAUCGCCAACGCCCAAGUCCUCCAGUCUCACUACAAAUCGAGCACAACACAACAAGCGCAGGUCUCUUCUCCCCCCAAACUCUCAAAAUGCCUUCUUCCCCGAAUCAAACUCAAUCCUAUUCCACAUACGAAUCAGUUCCUCGACCUCGUCGAGACCAGACAUCGCAGGCAUACACAUACCAACAAGCUGGCGCGUCGAGCACCCUCAAUGCUUGGCUCUCGGAAGCCGAUUCGAAGGCGCCAUUCCACGCCGUCGGUCGGUACCGGCCCAUGACCACCGCUUCCGGCAGCGGUGCGAACAUGUGGGGUUCGGCGCCGGCCCCUCCGAGCAGCACCGGCGCGACGUACGGCAGUGGGCGCGGCGCUCAUAGCUGAAGCCCGCUCGAAUCAUCGAAUAGGGAAGCAAAGGGGAUCGGGUAUAACUUUGGAGUUUAUCAGUCCAUUGUUUGUUCUUGGACGAAGGACGACGACCGCGAUGAUCUACGUGUGACACAUCUCGG